GGCAGGAAGAGGAGAAAGAACGCAAGCCUCAACAAGUGAGAAAACAUUUACACUUGCCAUGGGCGAAGACACCGAGAUUGACUACACUCCCUUGUAGCUGGGAGCCUUAAGACCCCUAGUUGGAUCGGGCCCCCGUGCUCGGCCCAGAAUACACGCCGGCCUCCGGGCAAACCAUCCAAGAGUCACCGGAGCUGAAAAAGUCAAAAAACACUACUAUGGCUGUUGAGGCCGAGAAAAAGCCUACAUUUUUCGUCGCUGUUCACGUAGGCGCUGGAUUCCACGCUCCGUCUAAUGAGAAAGCCCUCAGAUUGGCUAUGAAACGUGCAUGCCUCGCUGCCGCUUCCGUUCUCGGAAAGGGUCCCGGUGGAUGUAUAGAUGCUGUUACGGCAGCUGUGCAAGUGUUGGAGGAUGAUCCAAAUACAAAUGCUGGGCGAGGUUCAAAUUUGACUGAGGAGGGUAAUGUGGAAUGUGAUGCAAGUAUAAUGGAUGGUGAUUCUGGAGCAUUUGGUGCUGUAGGGGCAGUGCCAGGUGUUAGAAAUGCCAUCCAGAUUGCUGCAUUAUUAGCCAAGGACCAGCUUUACGGUUCAACACUGCUGGGUCGUAUAUCCCCCAUGUUUUUGGUUGGUGAAGGUGCACGAGCAUGGGCAAAAUCUAAAGGUGUUGUUCUACCAGGAACAAUAAAAGAAGCCGACGAGGUUUUGUUCCUUCUUCCAUUCAUAUCUGUUGGCUUGUGAUUGAGAGGACCAGAAACCUGUGGAAAAAAUACAGAGGAAUGCUUGAUGAUGCUAGAGCUGGCAUUCCUGGCAAUGAUGUUUCUUCCACAUUUAUCACUUCCAACCCUAUGGGUAUUGAUUCAGGUUCAGAGGCUCAAUUGCAUGAUGAAGUGAAUGGAAGCAGAAGUGGUGACCAAUCUCCCUUGGAAAAUGCUCUGGAUGAGAACUGGAUUAGUGACACUGUUGGAGUAAUUUGUGUGGACUCACGAGGGCACAUUGCAUGUGGGGCCUCAAGUGGUGGUAUUGCUCUAAAGGUCAGUGGGAGAGUUGGUUUAGCAGCAACAUACGGUUCUGGUUGUUGGGCAUCCUCAAAGGGACCAUUUGGAGCACCCUUUAUAGUCGGUUGUUGUGUUAGUGGUGCUGGAGAGUACCUAAUGAAAGGAUUUGCUGCUAGGGAAUGUUGUGUAUCCUCAUCUAUAUCUGAAGCUGGACCAGCAUCUGCCUGCUCAAAGGUUAUACGCUCUUUCAAUCAAGAAAACAGCAGUAAAUAUUGCACUGAAAGAAGUGCUGGAGUUUUACUAGUUCAAGCUGAGGCUCCCCAAAUGGUUGAUAAUGGAAACUCGCCAUUUGUGGAAGCUGUUGAGAUCGCAGCUGUAUUUUCUUCUUUGUCUUUUGGAAUUGGGUAUUUUGGAAGCUCAAUGGAAAAUCCCAAGGUGUCUAUCCUUCGAAGCACAAUGAAGCAGAGUAGAUCUGGGGUAGAUGAGUUUGCAGCGCGAAUUAAACUCCUGCCGUAAAUUAGUCUUUUUAUUCUUUCUGCUGGUUGAAUGCUUGAAUUGCUGUACUACGCAAACAAAAUCUACUACAAUAAAUGUGCAACUCAACUCAUGCUGCAAGUAGUGGGGGACUGGGGGCUCUAAUUGUUACUCCCUUGGCCCAUUUUAUUUGUUGUAUUAUUUUAGUAAAAAUGGUUUACAAUAAUGCCUGUUUUGUUGAGUGAUAUAUACAUAUAUCUUUGAACUUGUAUUAUCGUAACUUCUGAGAUGAUUUGAUAUUGUGAGACCAACUUAAGGUACACUUUUACUUGAUUACAAA